AUGCGAUUUCUGUCAUCUUCGCCCCUUCGCCACCGACAAUGGACUCUUCGACUGGACAAGGAUAAGGCUGGAGUCAGAGAUAAGCGUUCUGCGCGACACACCUAUGGAAGUGAACAUAAACGGCACCGUAUGGACGCUAGAUGUCUCUCUUUACCGCGGAAUAGCCGACAUGGCUGCACAAAAGAUUCUCUACGGAGUACCGACCUGGAACCUAGUUAUGGAUGCUCAGAAUGUGGCUUGAAAGGACUCGUGCAGGGUCGUCAGCGCAUCUGGUUGCCCUAUCCGGACGAAAUAACAUCGCUCCGAAGUCCAGAGUCGUUCGCGCAGGAUGCGCAAAAUUACGGACAGAUUGGGAUUUUGCAGAUGACCCCUGUCAUGAGGGUGAUGCUACGGUGCGCAUUUUCUUCAAAUUCCUUACAUAUUUGCCCCAAAGGUGUAACGAGGGACAGGCUGAGAGACAUGUUCAAUGCGGCGUCCAGAUUUCCGGACCUCCGCUUAAAUGAUCACAACACCGAACUGCUGAAGACAUGACUCAGGGAACUGUCUUCUCACACUUAUUCGAAUUUUAUUAUUUUGUCGGGAAGAUCUGAAGACCUGUAAAGCGGCCGAAAUCGACGAGGUUGCCAUAUAUUCACCAUAUCUGUCUGUAGGGAUGAU